AUGGCCGGAGAAUCUGGGGCCGGCGGUGAAGCCUCAGGGGCCGGAACAGGAGCAAAAGAGGCCAGACUAGCAGGCACUCUAAGGGGGUGGAGUAUUGGGGAUCGGGUUUGGAGGCUGUCAAUCCCAUGGCGACCACGGGGCGUGGAGGCAACCCCCGCUGUCCGAACGUCUUCGGACGAGUCAAGGGGAGCCGGAGGUCCGUGUAGUCGUGGGGAACGUCUUCCUCAUGACCGCAGGGACCCGGAAAGGCCGAAGCCGGAGGUCUACUCAGCCACUGGGGACGUCUCCCCACCAGCUGGUGACCGGGAAGGCCGGAGCCGGAGGCCGAAGCCGGAGGCCGAAGCCGGAGGUCUACUCAGCCGCUGGGGACCGGGAGGGCCCAGAGCUAACUCCUUCUGGCAUGACGGACACCUGCGAUCCCAAAACAGUGGGCUGGACGAGCCCUCCAGAAAGGAACUACCAACACGUGCCGUGUAUCAGGCCCUGAAGGGAGUAUCCUUAGCGAUUGAACACCAAGUCCCAGGUCACCGUCUCCACAUUCCUCCAGCGGCCAUCUUUGCGGAGCAGGAACUCCCGCGCCGCAGCCCGUGGGAGGGCCUCGCCCCUGGCUCCCCGGCCUCCGCCGGUGGGAGGAGCCGAGCGCCCUCGGGGGACCGUGGACCCUGGCGUUCUGAGCGUUCCGCGACCCGCGCCGCCCGGCCCCCCGCCGCCGAUGGCCGCCGACCCGCCGUCAGCUGCCGAGAAGGGAGAGAUGGCUCCUGGGACACGUGUGAGGUGGGUUCAUGCGGCUCCUCCUCACCCCCAGACCUGGGCAGCUCCCAGUCCAUUCAUCCUCAGCCCGGCCUCUCUCUACCUUGCCCGCCCCCAGCCUCACCCUCUGCUCCAAACUCCUCAUCUCCAGCCCUCUUUCCUGUUACCUCUCAACCCUGGGGAACUGGCCUUCCUUCCUCCACCCUGCUUUGCCUUGCAGACCCCCAUCCCCGCCUGUGGUUGCAGCCCUCCAAGGCCCUUCCCUGGAGCGCUGGAGGGCUCCUCUCCCCCCAUGGAUGGGUCUGAAAAGGGGGAAGCUGGGGUAAGACUCUGGAUAUGAAGAGACCCUCCAGGCCUGCUGAAUCUGUGUGGGAUCUUGGAGGAUCUGGUUUCCCUGGGAAGAGGAGCCCAAGGGAUUCCAGACAAUUAGGGAUGGAAAGCAGCUUGGGAAGCUGGGAGGCAGGGGGCGGUGCACAUGAGCCCAUCUUGAGUUCUAUGGAGAUGUCAGGCUGGAUUCUAGAAUCCCAGGGAAUCUGGGAGAUUGCCCAGGUUUACCUGGAGACCCAUAAGGAGGCUGUGUUGGAGCAGAGGGAGCUCUGUGGGGAACAGAGUUGAUAUUUGGGGCCAUGGAGGAGUUCUGCAGCCGCGUCUCAAAGAAGGUCUGUGAGCGCUGGGAAGUUGGGCAGCCUGGUGGAUCUUUAGAGGUUAGGUUGUGUGAGCAGGUUCCCAUUGAAUCUGAGGAGGAAAUCUAGGCUUUAGGGGAAGAGGAGUUGGGGGUUAGUAGCUUCUGAGAGAAAAGAGAGAGGUCUGGAUUUGGUGAUCAGGAAUCUGUGGGGAUCUGGGAGGUAAAUUUGGGGUGUUUCAGCUUGGGGAGAGCCUGGGAUGGAGCACAUUUGGAGAACAGGGGAAGAGUUGGGACCUGUCUCAGGUGACUCCACAGACAAGGAGCCCCUGGUUUUCCCAGGAGCUUCGCUGUGGGAAUACCAUGGAAAGGCCUUUGUCCCUCUCGGUGUCCCUUCGUCCUCCCUGGGUCAGGUGCGGAAGUAUGGAAGAAAAGUUAGAGUAGGAGUGAGGUCAGCAAGCUAGUUCUCAGGGCUCCCAGAGGAGCCAAGUGAGCUGCUUCAGGAAGAGGGUGGCCUUGCCUAGAGGCAGGGGGGUUCCUCUGACCUUCCGCAGGAGGGGAACCUCUGUGUUCCUUGUCUCCCUGGGUAGGAAGCCAAACUUUGGCUUUUCCCAACUUUCAGAGGCAGAGAGACCCACAGAAAGCUCGGGCCCCCUUGGACCCCCUCCCCAGAGCCAGGAAUGGGUCUUUGACUUCUUUGGCCUCCUUUUCACCUGUGAGAGUGGUCUCGGAUUUGAAGCUAGUCUUACCCACUGUGUGACCCUCAAGGUACCUCCUCUGUGAAAUGUUUCCUUUGCUGAGUUGUAAAGGUCAAACAGCAUGGAUAAGAAUGUACCUGCUGCCAGGAGCAGCCCACAGUAGGUAUCCAAGAACCAUGGGGUUGAGCCCACGUUCCUCAACCUUAGCGCUCCGCAGGGCUCCCGAGAGUGGUCCUUUCCCAGGAGCCAUUGGACCAGCUGCAUCCUGUGCUCCCCAUGUGACCCCACCUCCCUUUUUCGCUGCAGUCACCCUUUCCCGGUAGGUCUCUGCCCCACAGCCCCUCCGCCGCUGGACCUUGUGCGCCGCCUCCAGGCCAAGCUGAAAAUGCGCCCGCUCGCGGUCCCCUCCCUGGCCGUCUCCAUCUCUCCCCAUCUCUGUCAGCAUCUCUGUGUCCUCCGACUGUGUCCGUCUCUCUGUUUUCUUUCUACGCUUCUCCAUCUCUUUUUCUCUCUGGGUCCUUCUUGUCUCCCUCUACGACUUCCCGUAUCUGUCAUGUCUUUGCUUCCCUGGAGUUUUCUCCAUCACUUGGGUUGCCUCUCUGAGCGUCUCUUUGUCUUCCCGUCUCUUGUUUCCUCUGGGCCCCCUGGGAGCCUGUGUAUAUGUCCACCUCAUCUCAAGGAAGGGACACCUGUCACUCUGUUUGCCUCUGUCCUUCUCUCUGUCGUUUCCUGGCCAGGAACAUGCCUGUUGACCCUGUGGUGGAAGGGCUCCUCCAGACAAAUUUCAGCCCCCUUCCCGCAGGGUCACUCCACCUGCUGCUCUCCCUGUCCCCAACCCAGCCCUUGUGGCCCUCCACCCUCUCCCUUUGAUGCCCUCCACCCCUUCCCCUCCCUCUGCCCUAAUCCUACACCUUCCCUUCUCCUCAAGUCAGGUUUUUGGAGACAAAAAAAAAGAAGAAAAAUCUCACCCCUUUGAAGAGUUUUAUUUACGAGAAUAAAUUAAUUUUUUGUAAAUAAAA